GGCCGCGAAUUCCCAAAAUCCAGUCUCGUUGGGCACCAGGGCACCGCCCAUCAGCUUUGCCGCCGCGCUUUCAAAAUUUUCGCCUCGAUCUCGCUCACCUCAAUCACCAUGUGAGUCAAGCUCACUACUUUUGCAGCAGUAAUACUUGAUUUUCCUUCAUAAUAAUCACAAUUUCUCACUGUCAUAAUUUUUAACAAUCAAUUAAUGUAAAUAUAUAAUUAUUAUAAAUGUUAAAAGGCAAACAGAAAAUAAAUCGACUUCUAUUGGUUGUGAAUAUGCACUAUUUGUUGCACAUUAACUUUGGCCUAGGUGCAUAAUAAAUAAAAACAAUGACAAUGGCAGCCGUGAAAAGUCCUGUUAAAAAUGUUUUUCCGACAGAAUUCCACACUGUCUGUGUGGAAUAUUCUGAAAAUUCCACCGUUUUGAGGGCCAAUUUAUCAUCAGUGGAUGAGAUUGACGAGUGGGUCAAAGAAUUUUCAAAAAUUUCUAGAAGCUGUUGGAUCGUCGAAUACUGUUACGAAGAAAUGGAAAGGUACCAUACUCAUAAAAGGUUUCACUGCCACCUUAGCAAAUUGAACAAAAAAGUUGAUUCGAAGCGAACAACAAAUUGCAAAGUGACACUGGAUAUUAAAAUCAAGCUGAUUACAAGAGACACCAAAAAAAAGGAUAAAUAUCUCAGACCUGACAAGCAUGGUAUUGUCCGUCAAGCUGUGAUCAAAUUUGAAGGCGUGCACAAUCAUCACAUCUUAAGUGCGGACACACUUCGAUUAAAUCGAGUAGAUCCAUCGACUGCCGCUCUGUUCGACAAAUAUUUUGACGAUGGGAGUACAGCUGCUCAAGCAAGGAAACGUCACGAAGACUUACUUAUCAGCAAUGACGAUUUUGUGAAUCUUGCUGAUGCUAAUAUUAACCCUACCAAAAGAACUGUCUCCUAUUUGUUUGACAAAUGGUCAAAUAAGCAAUUUGGUGUAAAAUCUUUAACACCAAUUGAAAAGACUCAAGAAAAAAUUGCUUCUGGAGAUUACAUUUCAAGAGAUGUUCUUGUUAAGACUUCAAUGGAGGAUGGCGAGUGGUGCAUCCUCAUUGUGACACCCUUGAUGAAAAGGGUGCAAGAACUGCCGCACUCUGGUGAAACACUCUUCCUUGAUUCAACCUCACAUGUUGAUGUGACUCACUGCACCUUUACAUCAAUGUGCUCUGCCACAAAAGCUGGUGCAAUGCCACUCUGCAUUUUGCUGCAAAGCCACCAGACUCAGACUUGCUAUGAGAUGGCCUUUAACUUGUACAAGAGAGAAUGUCCAAAAGGAUUUGGUGGCUCUGAGGCGCCUAGUGUCGUAAUGACAGAUGACAGUUCUGCGGAACGAAAGGCGGUUGAGUCGGUGUGGCCAACAGCACGUAGGUUGCUAUGUGUGUUUCACGUACUCUCGGCGGAGUGGAAGUGGCUCCUUUCCAACUGCAAUAAAAAUGAUAGGCAGAAAUUAAUGAAUCUAUAUUACAAGGCUGUCUAUGCUAACACAUUGGAGGAAUUUGAAAGUGCUUCGGAGAGCAUUUUAGCUCAAAAUGAGGCGCAUCCUAAGUAUGUGAAACGCUUUCAAAAGUUUGCAAAACGAGUGGAAGAGUGGGCUAUCUAUGCACGAGUUGGUGCUAUGAAUAGAGGCAAUGAUACCAACAACUUUGCUGAGACUAGUAUUAAAAUUGCUAAAGAGGCUGUCAUGCAAAGAAUGAAAGCUUAUAACCCUGUGGCUCUGAUCGAGUUUGUUAUCGGACCGAUGGAUGACUAUUACAAGAGACGAUUGCUUGACCAUGCACACAACCGACAUUCGGCACAUUCACUGGUUUUCGACAAGAUGCUUAAGCGAGCUUCGUCCAUUGACCCCAACAAGAUCAUCAAAAUUGACGAAAACCUUUACAGCGUGCCAAGUUCAAUCUCAGCUGAGACGUUUUAUGAAGUCAGAACAGACAGUGGAUUUUGCUCCUGCAAAUCUGGGGAGAGGGGAGCUUUUUGUAAGCAUAUGGCUUUGCUUGUGAAGUAUAAAAAGGCAGCAAUUCCCUCAGCUCCACCACUCCUCAGUUCUGACCGAAAACUUCUAGCCAAAGUGGCCCUUGGCGACAAAACCCUGCCGACUAGCUUCUACUUAGGGCGAACUGAGGUUGCGUCACCUACUAGCUCUCCACAAAAAGGAAAUCAAUGCAAUAGCCAUGACGAAGCAUCUGGUGACAAUGAAGAUGAGUUUUUUUACAAUAAUGAGAUGGAAGUUGCUACAGAGACAGAUGAAAAUGUCUUUGAUGAAGCCGACAGGGCCGAAAAGAGGAAGCAGCUGGAGAACGAUUUCAGCGACUUCCUCGACUUAGCUUUGGUUAAUAUUUCACCUGAACUUGUUGAAAAGAUGGGAAAGGCACUCCGAAAGCCAAAAACUACUCCAGCUGCUCAAGCUGCUUUGGUGGCUUUUUACAGAGCUGUCAACUCUGUGCUGUCCAAGAAGGGUCGCACUGGUGUUAAUCCAUCUGGUCGAGCAAGGCGUCGAGUAGGAGUAUCCAAGGGAGCAGCUCAAAUCGCAAGUGGUCGACCUCCGAAGUCUCAGUCGGAUAACAAUGGUCCUAAAAAAAGAAAAAGAGAUCUCAGUCAGGCUGUCAAGGACAACUGUGCUAAUGCAAAAUCGCAUUAAAUAGUCAUAUGCAUCACUUGAUGUUAUUCCUAUGUGCUCAUUUCCUGAUUAUCAAUAAGAUAAAUAUGAAGUAUAAAUAAAAAAAAUAAAAUUUGACGAGUAUUUUUCUUUUAUUUUAAUGUGCUCCUUUUGUAUU